AUGGUGGUUGCGGCGUCAUUUGCUGCUCUACGAAUGUAUGCUAUCAGUGCAUUCAACAAGACACUCUCAUUCCUCGUGCUCGUAUUUGGUCUUGCACCUGCAGCAAUACAUAUGUAUAUCGAUAUACAUUCAUCACCUCUUGCAGUUCUGGUAAAUACCUCAAUUACAUGCGGGACCAACAGUUACAUGACGUUCCCCGUUUUAUUUGGCAUACCAUAUAUCCUCGUCUCACGGUUCAUAUUCAACCUUCGAACUGCCUCUGAACAUGGAGACACUCUGAAUGCUUCUUCCCGAUUCAAUUCUGACACAUUGCACACACAAACGACGAGCCUGAACUUUGCUGCUAGUUUUGUUGGAAACUUGAGCGGACCUCUCGAUAUUGGUUCAAUUCCUCCUCCUGAAGACGAGUCCUUGGUCGAUGAAGAUGACUUGUUUGAGCCAACUCCAAUGACUGGCGAGGAUAUCGAGUCCACAGAUCCUGGUGGGAGAAGGCGGAUAUGUGAGAUGCAUGACGGCACUGACACCGGCACUGUGCCAAUUUCUGAAACCCUUCAAUCUAGGCAGUCGGGUUGA